UAAUACCCCCCAGGAUCAAGUAAAUUAUAUUUUUAGAAGAAAAGAAAAUACAACAAAAUAAGUAUACAAUAUAUUUAAUAAAAAUGAUUAGAAAAUUAGUGAUACCCACAAAUAGUUUACGAAAACUUUCGUUAUCAUCAAUUGGGCAACGUAAUUUUGCUGCUCACGCAUCGAACGAUAAAGUCGAACGUACAGCACUUUAUGAUUUUCAUGUUAAAAAUGGUGGAAAAAUUGUAAAUUUCGGUGGCUAUUCGCUGCCUGUGCAAUAUGCUGACCAGGGUAUAUCCGCAUCUCAUGUACACACCCGCAACUUUGCUUCAAUAUUUGAUGUAUCGCACAUGUUGCAGACGUACGUACGUGGCAAAGAUGCCGUCCAAUGCAUGGAGUCUAUAUGUACGGCUGAUAUUCGUGGAGCUGCCGAUGGUACGGGUUCUUUGACCGUGUUCACCAAUGACAAGGGCUGUAUUCUCGAUGAUUUAAUUGUUACCAAGGUCAAGGAUGAUAUUCUCUAUGUGGUAUCGAAUGCAGCCAUGAAGCAACAGGAUAUGCAAAUAAUGCAAUCAGCUGUUAAUCAUUUCAAGGCGAAUGGCAAAGAUGUGACUAUUGAAUUUCUGGUACCAGCAGAUCAAUCCCUAAUAGCGGUGCAGGGACCUACUGCUGUUGAAGCUUUAUCCGCCGUAACUGUUGCGGACUUGAGUAAGCUGUACUUCAUGAACACUGUAGUAACGGAAGUAGCCGGUGUGGCCAACUGCCGCAUAACACGUUGUGGUUAUACUGGUGAAGAUGGUGUUGAAAUAUCUAUACCUUCUGAUCGUGUUGAACAUGUCACCGAGGCUUUGUUGCAGCAAACAAAACAACAAGUCAAACUGGCCGGUUUAGGAGCACGUGAUUCUUUAAGACUGGAGGGAGGUCUCUGUUUGUAUGGCAGUGAUAUUGAUGCCAACACAACUCCCAUCGAAGCAGCGCUCGCUUGGCUUGUGGCCAAACGUCGUCGUUCCGAGGAAAAUUUCCCUGGAGCAGCUGUCCUCAAUGAGCAACUGAAAUCCGGUGUAGAACGUAGACGCAUUGGCAUUAAGCUGACUGGCACUGGCAAACCUCCACCAGCUCGUGCAGGAGUGGAAAUUUUCAAAGACGAGCAAAAAGUGGGUGUAAUCACAAGCGGUUGCCCUAGUCCGUCGUUGGGUUUCAACAUUGCCAUGGGCUACAUACAGGAACAAUACAAAAAAGCCGGCUGCGGAGUGCAAUUAAAAAUACGUGAUCGUUUUUAUGAUGCUGAAGUGGCUAAAAUGCCAUUCAUUAAGACAAAUUAUUAUCUCAAACCCAAACAAUAAAACUUGUUAAGGAUUUUGACAUCAAAAGAAAUUAACUUAAUAAAUUAAAAAUAAAAUAUGUAUAAAAAAUAAGAUAAUUAAAAAAAUAAACUUUAUGAUUUGUUGGUUUGUUUUAA